AUGCAGUAUCUCCUUUUUUCGACGCUAGCUUUUAGCGCUAGCGUUCACGCCUAUGGCUCCGGUAGUGGAGGCUGGGAUACAGCUUACUCAAGAGCUAGAGCAGCUCUAGAUAAGCUGAGCCAGACUGAGAAAGUCGGCAUUGUCACCGGCGUAACCUGGGAGGGAGGGCCUUGUGUGGGCAAUACCUAUGCUCCCAGCUCAAUCGACUAUCCUUCUCUGUGUCUCCAGGAUUCACCUUUGGGUAUUCGCUUUGCCAACCCCGUGACAGCAUUCCCGGCAGGGAUCAAUGCGGGGGCAACGUGGGACCGUAGUCUUCUGUAUGCACGUGGUGCUGCGAUGGGUCAGGAGGCGAAGGGUCUCGGCGUCCACGUUCAACUGGGUCCAGUAGCUGGUCCUCUGGGCAAGAACCCCAAUGGUGGUCGAAACUGGGAAGGAUUCUCGGUUGACCCGUAUCUCAGUGGUGUCGCCAUGGAAGAGACAAUCCAGGGUAUGCAGGACUCGGGUGUUCAGGCUUGUGCUAAGCACUGGCUUGGAAACGAGCAAGAGCAUAACCGUGAUACCAUGAGCUCCAACAUCGGCGAUAGGGCCGCGCACGAGCUAUAUGUAUGGCCAUUUAUGAAUGCCGUCAAGGCCAACGUCGCGUCAGUGAUGUGCUCUUAUAACAAGGUCAACGAGACCUGGGCUUGCGAGAGUGAUGCCAUCCUGAAUGAGCUUAUGAAGAAGGAACUCGGAUUCCCUGGAUAUGUUGUCAGCGACUGGAAUGCGCAGCAUACCACGGUCAAUAGUGCUCUGGCUGGUCUCGAUAUGACAAUGCCUGGAAGUGACUUCAACUCUCCACCUGGCAGCAUCUUCUGGGGAUCGAACCUGGCCAAAGCUGUUGCUGACGGCUCCGUUCCACAGUCUCGUCUCGACAACAUGGUCACUCGAAUUCUGGCUGCUUGGUAUCUUCUUGAUCAGGACCAAGGCUACCCAGAGGUCUCUUUCAGCUCUUGGGAUGGUGGCAAAGCAACUGUCGAUGUCACAGGUGAUCACGCCAGCGUCGUUCGCACUGUCGCCCGUGACUCUAUUGUUCUUUUGAAGAAUGCCGGCAAUGCUCUACCACUUCGACGGCCCAAGACCCUGGCCAUCAUUGGAGAUGAUGCUGCUGUUAGCCCGGAUGGUCCCAAUGCAUGCAGCGAUCGUGGCUGUAACAACGGCACACUGGCUAUGGGAUGGGGCAGUGGCACUGCUCAGUUCCCGUAUCUCGUCUCACCCCUGGACGCAAUCCAGGUUCAGGCCAAGAGGGAUGGCACCAAGAUUAUUCAGAGUACCACCGAUAGCACUACCGAUGCAGCCUCUGCUGCCGCUGCCGCCCAGACUGCAGUGGUAUUCAUCAAUUCGGAUUCAGGUGAAGGGUAUAUCACAGUUGAAGGCAACGCCGGAGACAGAAACAACCUUGACCCUUGGCACAACGGAAACGAGCUCGUCAAGGCUGUCGCAGCUGUUAACAAACAUGUAAUCGUCGUUGUUCACAGUGUGGGCACAGUCACCCUAGAGACAAUCCUGGCACUGCCAUCCGUGAAGGCUAUUGUCUGGGCAGGACUACCUGGUCAGGAAAGCGGGAAUGCAUUGGUGGAUGUGCUGUACGGUGCCGUCUCCCCCAGUGGCAAGCUUCCUUAUACCAUCGCCAAAGCAGCCGCAGACUACGGCGCAACCUGGAACGACGCACAGGUUGACGACUUUACCGAGGGUCUAUUCGUUGACUACCGCCAUUUCGAUCAGAAUGGCAUCACCCCUCGCUACGAGUUCGGAUACGGUUUGUCAUACACAAAAUUCGCAUACAAUGGAAUUGCAGUUGAUAUAGUUGCCCGAGCGGGGCCAUCAACUGGCAAAGUCGUUCCCGGAGGCCCAGCCGAUCUUUUCAAGUCCGUCGGCACAAUUUCUACCACCAUACGCAACACUGGUAAGGUAGCUGGUGCUGAAGUUGCACAGCUUUAUAUUGGUCUCCCGAAUUCUGUGCCGGGUACUCCCCCUAAGCAGCUCCGCGGGUUCCAAAAACUCAGGCUUGAGCCGAGACAAUCAAGCAGGGCGACUUUUGAACUUACCCGACGUGAUCUGAGUUACUGGGAUGUGGCGACUCAGAAAUGGGUUGUCCCCUCUGGUACUUUCCGCGUUUACGUUGGAAGCUCUAGCCGUGAUAUUCGUCAGCAUGGCUCAUUUACUGUUGGUCGCUCAUGGGGCAACUGA